AUGUUUACUAGUAUAACCUUUGGACUUAACAUUCUCCAACAUUGAAAUUAGUCUCUCCUUACAGGUCAAUCCAGCAAAUGAACGGAUGCUUGGUGGUGGUGGUGCUGAUGGAGCCAUACAUCGAGCUGCUGGUCCAGAACUACGGGAAGCAUGCUAUGAGGUCCCAGAAGUGAGGCCAGGAGUUCGUUGCCCCACAGGAGAAGCAAGGAUUACCCCGGGCUUUCGGUUGCCUGCUUCUCAUGUUAUUCAUACAGUUGGACCAAUUUAUCAUUCAGAUAAGAACCCUGAAGCUGCUUUGAGAAAUGCAUACAGAAACAGUCUACGUGUGGCGAAAGAGCACAACAUUCAAUACAUUGCAUUUACAGCUAUAUCUUGCGGGGUCUAUGGCUAUCCUUUUGAUGAGGCUGCCAAAGUGGCCAUAUCUACAGUGAAUGCAUCUGCUGGUGACUUUAAGGAGGUGCAUUUCGUUCUCUUCUCAGACGAGAUAUGCAAUGUUUGGGUGAAAACUGCCAAUCAAUUGCUUAAAAAUUGAUGAAUCCGGCACCGUGGCUAUCCCGAAUGGAGAUAUUAGACAGGCAUGAGCUGCUUGUUCAUGAAGUUGCUAAACUUGUGAUGAAAAAAUACUUUCAGAUCUAUAAGACAUAUCCUUUGAUACAUGGUAAUUUAGUGAGAUUGUAUUUUGUGCUGCUAUUUAUAGGCUAAUAAAUCUUUUUUUUAAGUAUGGGUGAUAUUCGAACUAUUUUUAAAAGGAAAGUAUCUGUUUUUAACAUAGAUAGUUUGCUAGUACUUAGACACUUGGUAUAAUCAUCUCAUUCCUAAUCGAAACCUUUUCAUAUUGACA